AUGAUACGAGCUAAGGUCCACCGCCUUAGAACUAUGCAUCGUGACUUCUCAGUGUUCCUCGCUAUUCCCGGAGUCAUGGUUCACGAUGAUGGUGGCAUAGUGAGUGUUAAUCAAGCCUACUGGGCGCAUGUUGGAGAGGAAACUGACCGUGAGGUCUACUUCCACUGGAAUGGAUUCCGUUGGUAUUAUGCAUGCGUCAAGGUGUUCGACGAACGUGAGGCGGCAGAAAUUGACUUGGAGGGAGGUCCCGGUAAAUCCAUACUUGAUCCCAUUCAGUUGGAUGACAUAGAGUCUAUUCAUGAUUCCGAUGAGGAAGAUAUGGAUGUCAUUUUUGUUGAUGAAGCUGGAGAACCGGUUGCGCCACCACCUGCCCCCGUUGAUGUUAUCAAUGGUCAACCUGUUUUUCUUGGUGAGGAAAUGGAAAUGGAUAGCGAUGUUGAGUCGUGCUUGGACUCGGAGGACUAA